AUGCGCGGGAUCUGCAAGCAGCUCAUUGGCAAGAUCAAGCGCGACGCCAUCGCAGUGUCUCUCACAAAGGGCAUGCGCGUGCGCACCGACGGCCCGCAGCUGAUCAGCCAGAUGGUGUCAAAGUACCUGAAUAUCGACUGCAGCGUGCUGAUGGGGGCCAACAUCGCCAAAGACAUCGGCGCUGAGCAGGCAAGGCGCAGGGGGGUGCUGUCGGAGGCCGUCAUUGGUUUUGCCAGCCUGGAGAACGCCCUGGUGCUCAAGAAGCUCUUCCAGACCAAGUACUUCAGAAUAUCCCUCCUGCCAGACGUGGCUGGCGCUGAAAUGUGUGGCACCCUCAAGAACAUAGUGGCCCUGGCCGCCGGCUUCGUGGACGGCCUGGGCCUGGGUCCCAACUCAAAGGCCACCAUCAUGCGGCAGGGGCUGAUCGAGAUGAGGGCCUUCUCAAAGGCCCUGUACCCUACGAUCCGCGAUGAGACGUUCUUUGAGCCCUGCGGCAUGGCGGACCUCAUAGCCACCUGCUACGGCGGCCGCAACCGCCUCGUGGCCGAGGCCUUCACCAAGGCCGCCAUGGCGGGCGCGCCCAAGUCGUUUGAUGCGCUGGAGGCGGAGCUGCUGAAUGGGCAGAAGCUGCAGGGGGUGCUGACCAGCAACGAGGUGCAGGAAAUUCUCAAGGCCAGGGAUUGGGAAGCGGACUACCCUCUGUUUACGACAGUCAACCGCAUCGUCAGCGGCGCGGUUCCACCGUCGGCGGUGACGGAUUUUAUGACGGUGGGCUCGGAGCCGCAGGAGGGCCCGGCCGUGGAUGCGAACGGCAUCCCGGUCGCGCCCGCCAAGAAGCGCACCCCGCCGCUGCUUUCGUCGACCUGA